GUACCGGAACAAAAGCAGGCUUACGCCUGGAGCCUUUGUGCUGUUCGGAAACGGCAUCUAGCGCAAGUCGAGCCGGCUUUGUGUGAAUGAGUCGGCGUGCUGCUCUCUAGGAAUGAUCUAGCUCGCGCUUUCACGGAAUGCCACAAUGUGUAUAAAUACCCUUAUAUCGUAAAGCGCCACAACGCUUUCGGUCAAUGCUAUUGACAUGGACUUAGAGCGACUGGUGCUGUCUACGGAAGAAGGAAAAAGAGGCGGAUAUUCUUACGAAUAAAUCAGUGAAACCUCGAUUUCCCCCUCUCGUUAACCUGACUGGCGAGACAAACGAAACCACAUCGCACACACACCCACUGGUCCACAACUCGUCGUACCCCCCCCCCUCCCCCCGUCCGCAUUACCACCGGACUGUGUCGCACACGAGAGAAGGCCCUGGAGACGACAAAAGAAAACGAGAAGAGAAACAUGUCGGGCACAGAGAGGCGCGACAGCAAAAGCGGCGACGACGACGGCGCGCUGCCGCUGGCGCCGUACAAGGCGUUGCCGUCACUACUCAAAGUACUGGAGCAGGAGCAGUCGCGGACCCGGCGGCAGCGGCGGCAGAUCGAGCGGCUGCACCGGUCGCGACAGGUGCAAAUCGAGGACCUCGAGGCCCGCGCGAGAGCGGACGACAAGCUGCGGCGCCAGCACGAGGACGAGAUCGCGCGCCUGCGCCGCGACCUCGCUGACGUCACCGUCCAGCACCAGAUCGCCCUCAGCCAGAGCCCCGGCGGCGAGCGAGACGGGCCCGCAAGCCCCUACGUGCCGGCGGACCCGAUCGGCGCUGCCGAGUUCCACGAAGCAUACGCCGCGCUGUUCACGGCGCUCGACAACUGGAUCUUCAAGUGGCUCGAGGCGGCGUUCGUCGACCGCGAGGAGCUGACGACGACGCGGCUGCCGGUCGCGGCAGCGGGCCGCAGCCGCAGCGCCGCGAACCUCGCGGUGCGCAUGGCGCGCCACCGCGACGUGGCGGCGCUCGCGCGCUUCGAGGGCCGCGACGAGGACGUGCUGGUGGCGCUGGCGGCGCGCUGGCUGCACGACGAGGUGCUCGUGGCGCCGCUCGUCGGCGUCGUGUUCCCGGAGGAGGUGCGCGCCGAGCCCGGGGUCGAGCCGCCGCCGUGGGGCGAGAGCGACAGCCCGCUGUGGUGGGAGCUGGCGGCGGCGGACCUCGAGCGCGCCGGCCACGGCGCGGACCCGACGCGGCGGCCCGAGUACGCGGCCGCGCGGGCCGCGCGCGUCGCGCAGCUGACGCGCGAGCUCGCGGCGCUGAUGCGCUUCCCGUACGCGGCGGCGCUGGCGGCGCCGCAGCGGCGGCAGCGAGCGCCGCAGCGGCGGGCGGCGGGCGCGGCGGCGGCGCGCGAGCUGCGCGACACGGUGGUGGCGCCGGCGCUGCGGCUGCGCGAGCGGCUGCACGCGUCCGAGGCGACGCUGGGCCGCGCGACGUUCGCGUUCCCCGAGUUCGCGGGCGGGCCGGCGGGCGCCGCGGCGCUGCGCGCGCACCCGGACCGCUUCGAGCUGCGCGAUCUGUCGGCGGAGGACGCGCUGGCGAGGAGCGGCGACGGCGUGCCCGUCUGCGCCCUACGCCCGGCCUGCACGUUCCGCCGCGCCGCGGGCCGCGACGCGCUCGGCGCGCCCGGCCUCGUCUACGUCGCGUCGCGCUCGGCGGACGAGGGCCGGCGCUUCCGCGACCGCGAGCCGACCUUCAUGGCGGAGCUGUUUGAUAAGUUGGGGGUCGGGGAGUGGGCGGAGCUGGAGGAGGGGGCGGAGGAGUAGGGGCUAACAGGUAGAGAGGGAUGGAUUAGAGGGAUGGGCGUUAAUCCGGGGGUUGUAUGGAUAGGGGUGGAGUGGGGACAAGGCUAUGUGUACUGCUACGGUUCAGGUUUUCCUCUAUGUAAGGAAUACAUUUCAGGUUCCGCUCUCUUGUAACGCAAUCUCUCUACCCGUCUCCCCCGAAGGCCAGAAGACCACCUGCCCCGACCAACAGCGCGCGUCUACUACUAAGACCGCAGCGCGAGGCCUGACCGCUCCGGCUGGCCAAACACGCACCCGCGCGCUGGCUAAAGCCGUGGGACGAGCUGACCGCAUCCCAGCGGGACCUCGGGUAUUCGCCCGCAGCAGCCGCUCCCACAGCGCGGCGUCCCGGGCCCAGAGUGAGGAACCAGGGCGCGCCUCCACGCCUUGCGCAGCCCGCGCGUCUGUACCGCCACGUUUUGGAGACCUAGGACCCGCGGCAUUGGGGCGCAGCUAUGUUUGCCCAGCCGGUCCGAGGCCUCUCCGGCAGGCCCGAACGCUCUCCCGGUCCGGAGCCCGCCCUUGGG